AUGGCUCCGAGUAACUCCGCCGCGCCGGUUGCGGUGGCUGAAGAACACAUGAAGGAGAUAGUCCAAAGUCUCUACAACCUCAUCGUGCAAGGCUAUGAUCAUCAAGGUGCUCUCACCGUUGGUGCAAUGAAACGGGAUAUACAGCAUCUCAUUGAGCAAUUGGUCAAACUGUCCCAAAUGGCACCUGAUGUGCAUAUCAACAUUCCACCCGAAGUAACGCAGUAUGUCGAAAGUGCGCGCAAUCCGGACAUCUUUACUCGAGAGUUUGUCGAGACAGUACAGCGGAUGAAUCAGCUGUUGAAGGGUCGCCAGGAGGCGUAUCGGCUACUGCAGGAGACACUAGCUCGCGACUUCAUUCAGGGUGUUCCGGAGCUAAAAGACGAUAUCACCAAGGUUGUCGAAGCAACAGGAGGCAAGGUGUCCCCAACAAAGGCUGCCAAUACCUGA